AUAUUUAAUAUAUAACAAUCAUGUUUAUUUAAUUGUAAAACCACAAUAAAAAUAUAUACAAAAUGUGGCAAUUACUACAAGUGCAGUCAUGUCAAUUAAUGCGACCAAGGUUAACGCCGAUAAGAAGCAAUGGAUAUUUUACAAACUUACUAAAGAAUAAACCUUCAGAUGCUGUUAAAAGAUACGUAUCUAAUGUUAAAAAUUGCAAGGAGAAUGAGUUAAAAGGUGUUUUUCAGUUUAUUAGUCCAUGGAAGCUUGGUACGGGUAUUAGUUUAGGUUUAGGAACUCGUCUUUUAUUAAGUGAUGCAUCAGUAUUGUGUAAGGCAAAAUCUCCUUCAAGAAUAAUACAGAGGAGGCCAAAUGUGAAUGAAGACAGCGGCAAAUUUGAUUGGUCAAAGUUCCUGGAGUAUCUCAAACCUCAUAAAUGGUUGCUGGCAGCUGCUGUAGCUUCAGCGAUGGCAGUGGCAUUUCUUAAUAUCUACAUUCCGGCCAUGUUGGGUGUAAUUGUUAAUAUAUUGGCUGAUAUGAGAAGCAAUCCUAACUUAGAUUUCAUUGAUCAGAUUAAAUAUCCUGCGCUCAAGAUGAUUUCUUUGUAUAUUGGCCAGGCAGUAUUCACAUUUUUCUACAUCCAUCUAUUGGCGCAAGUCGGUGAACGGGUAGCUGCGCAGAUGAAGCAAGACCUCUUUGUGUCCAUACUUCAGCAGGAUAUGGCCUUCUUUGAUCAAGAGAGAACGGGAGAAAUAGUUAAUAGAAUAACAGUAGAUGUUCAAGAUUUUAAGAGUUCCUUUAAACAAACAAUUUCUGGUGGUCUAAGAGCUAUCACUCAGGUGGUAGGAUCAGCGGUAAGCCUGCUAGUAAUAUCCCCACAUUUAACCGGGAUGACACUUAUCUGUGUCCCCACUGUGGUCAUAGGAGGCACGUUCAUUGGUUCGCUAUUGAGGAAACUGUCUCGGGAAGUGCAGGGACAGAUAGAAAAAGCAACUCUAGUAGCGGAAGAAGCGAUAUCCAACAUGCGUACAGUGCGAGCGUUUGCUGGUGAAGAGAAUGAAGCUAGAAUGUUCGCAGAGGAGUGUGAUACUGCGGCGGAACUUAGUAUGGAAUUGGGUUUGGGUGUGGGAUUGUUCCAGGCUGGGACUAAUUUGUUUUUGAAUGGCAUGGUGUUAGCGACAAUGUUCCUGGGCGGGCACUUAAUGUCCACGGGGCAGAUGUCGGCGGGCGACGUGAUGGCCUUCCUUGUUAACGCGCAAACUAUACAACGCUCUGUUGCCCAGAUAUCCCUGCUUUUUGGCGCUGUUAUUAAAGGGAUAAGCGCGGGUGGCAGGGUUUUUGAGUAUAUAAACAAAGAACCAAAAAUGGACACAUCGGGCACGAAAGUGAUCAAAUAUCACGAGUUUCACGGCGACAUCGAAUUUAAGGACGUCUCUUUCUCUUAUCCAACAAGACCAGAAGCUAUUGUGUUGAACAACUUCAACUUAAAAAUACCGGCGGGCAAGACUGUCGCCAUAGUGGGUAGUUCUGGCAAUGGAAAAUCGACCAUAGCUGCUUUAUUAGAAAGGUUCUACGAUGUAGACAAAGGCUCAGUGACCAUAGAUGGCGUGGAUAUCCGCGAAAUGGAUUGUACUUGGCUCCGAGGUCGGGCCAUAGGGCUGAUCAGCCAAGAGCCCGUGCUGUUUGCUACCACGGUCAGAGAGAACAUACGGUAUGGGAAACCGGAGGCUAGUGAUGCUGAGGUAUACCGCGCAGCCCAAACAGCGAACGCGGAUGAAUUCAUACGAAAUUUCCCAGACGGAUACAAUACAUUGGUAGGAGAAAGAGGAAUGUCCCUCAGCGGAGGGCAGAAACAGAGGAUCGCCAUAGCCAGAGCUGUGCUGAAGAACCCGCCCGUUAUGAUCCUGGACGAAGCCACUAGUGCCUUAGACGCGACCAGCGAAAAAGUGGUGCAAACAGCAUUAGAGACAGCGUCCAAAGGUCGCACAGUGCUCGUGAUCGCACACAGACUGUCCACUGUCAUGAAUGCUGAUUUAAUUGUGGUGUUGAGUAAGGGGAAGAUUGUUGAGAUGGGUACUCAUGAUCAACUGAAGAAGCAGAAGGGACAUUAUUGGAACCUCAUCAAACAGCAAGACCAAGAAGAAGAUAAUAGAUCCUUAUAAUAAUAGUCGUAGAUCAUAAGUAGAACAAUUUUGACAUAUUUUUUAUUUUUUUGACAUUUUUUUCUCUAUUAUUUAUUUUUUGUUCUUAAGGAUAGAGGAAUUUAAAGUUAAUGUAUUUUACGAGUAAGAUACGGAAUUGUUACCAGUUUUACAUCUUACUCGAUUUUCUUUGUUUUUUUUAAGUGAAUAUUUCUUGUAUUUGUUCCUUAAUAUUUUUGUAUAAAAGAAGUAAAUUCUAACGAUAAGUAACGUUGAUAUUAUUUCCUCA